AUGAUACAGUAUUAUCGUUUUUCUAGCUGGAAGAAGGAUGCAGUCUUGGUGCCUUCUGAGCGAUGGAACGUGCCUGGAAUCGACACGCUUUGCUCAGGAGACGCGCUCACAUUCUCAGCAUCAGAGCCGACCUCAAUCCUCGCCACCGCCUCCUUCAGUUUCGGAUCAAUGAAGCUGCCGACCAACGGGGAGCUGAUUCUUGGGAACAAUGUCCAGUUUGGCAGCAGUGUAAGGAUAAAUGGUUGUACCGAAAAUCGCCAACUGUCAUAUUCAUCGGUGCCGGACGAAUGGUACGACAUCGAGAAUUGGCAAGUACCAAGUGUUCCCGGAGAUCAUUUGCUAUUAGACGAAAAACUGGUGCCCUGCCAGAGCGAUGGGGUUAUCUUCGAGCCCUUUUCGACCUUUAUGGUCCAAGGACUCGCCGCGGUCAAACAAAUUGAAGUUGCUCAACAGACGAUCAGCAAUGCUCCUGAGUUUUUUGACUACAAGCAGAAUGCGAAAUCGGGAGAAUAUCAGUUUCAGCAUUUGGAUUUGAAAUUCUCGCCGUCUUGUCCUGUCUCCGGAUGCCCUUGCCAUCCCGCCGAGAUGGGUCCAGUUCUUGACAACCUCUGCGAAAAAGUCAAUUGCACUUCUCCGUCCGAACUGCCCUGCUCGAGCGGGAAAACCCGAAAACAGAAUUUUCCGGGAAUAGAUUCCCUCGAAACGGAAACUUCAGGAAAAACAGGAGCGUUGACGGGAGGAGCCAUUUUUGGGAUCAUUUUCGCGAUUAUUUUCGCCGCCGUUGCUGGAUUCUUCGUUUUCACCAGAAAAGACCAGCUUUUUAUAAGAAGGGGCGAUUUCUCGAACCCAGUCCACUCGGACGGCGCUGUCAAUUUGUCGGAAAUGGGCGAUACCGGUAACCGAAUGUCCGAAGCCUCUUCAGCUGGAAAGAAGCGCGCUCCACCUCCACCGACGACAUUGACAUCUACUCCUGCUGAAACUAUCAUGACGCUGCAGACAGAACAGUACAAACAGGUGGAUGGAAAGUUUGGAACUUCAGCCGAUGGUGUCAUAAACGUCAAUUUUGAAGAAUUCGACGAGGAAGAAAAUAGCGAUGAAGAUGGUGAUGAAUAUUCUCCAGAAGAGAAAACAGGGAAAACAAAAACAUCCGAGGAAGAGGAAGACCAAAAAGUUGAGCCACCAGAAAAUUCUGAUCAGCUACUUGACAUUCUGUCUGAAUAA